GGUGGCGGUAAUGCACCUCUAAGCUGGUUUGUCAACCGCCAAUAAAACCUCGAAAGAAGAAGAAGAGCUGCAAGCUUUUUCUUUUGGGUCGUUGCGUCUUAAUAAUAGUCGAUAUAAUAUAAUAGAAAAUAACGCCGUUCUGUUGGUAAAUUACGGGGAUUUCAAUCGAAGCCAGCUAAAAGCAGAACUGGUGUAUUAUUAGUGCUAGUUCAGGCUGCAGCGCGAUGGCGAGCCGUAACCUCCAGCAGGUGAGUAACCCCAGCAGCGCGAGCGCUGCAUCUCCGCAGCCGCAGCACGUGCACUCUCCAGCGGACCCCCGCGAGCUCACGGACACCGCCGCUCCGCCGCCGCUGGACCGGAGCCCCGCCGACACCGAGCCGCACGAGAUGACCGUCAGCCUGAAGAACUUCCGGAGACCCGGGGAGAAAACGUUCACGCAGCGGUGCAGACUCUUUGUCGGUAAUCUCCCGUCGGAUAUGACGGAGGACGAUUUCAAGAAGAUGUUCUCCAAAUACGGCGAAGCGAAGGAGGUUUUCAUCAACCGAGACCGAGGCUUCGGCUUCAUUCGGCUGGAAACGAGGACGCUUGCAGAGAUUGCCAAGGCUGAGUUAGACGGCACGAUACUGGGGAACAGGCCCAUCCGUAUUCGUUUUGCCACACAUGGGGCCGCGCUCACAGUCCGAAACCUGUCUCCAGUGGUGUCCAAUGAGCUGCUGGAGCAGGCCUUCUCACAGUUCGGCCCGGUUGAGCGGGCAGUUGUGGUGGUUGAUGCCCGAGGACGAGCCACAGGCAAAGGGAUUGUGGAGUUUGCCAAUAAGCCUGCUGCGCGGAAAGCCUUGGACCGCUGUGCAGAUGGAGCCCUUCUGCUUACAAUGUCUCCUCGUCCAGUCAUCAUUGAGCCAACAGAACAGUUUGAUGAUGAAGAUGGGCUACCAGAAAAGCUGUUGCAAAAAUCAGCUCAGUAUCAUAAGGAAAGGGAGCAGGAGCCACGCUUUGCUCAGCCAGGAACCUUUGAGUUUGAGUACUCCUCGCGCUGGAAGGCUUUGGAUGAGAUGGAGAAACAGCAGAGGGAACAAGUGGAACGCAACAUUCAAGAGGCAAAGGAGAAACUGGAGGCUGAAAUGGAGGCUGCCAAACAUGAGCAUCAACUCAUGAUGAUGAGACAAGAUCUCAUGAGACGUCAAGAGGAGCUGCGGCGCUUGGAGGAGCUCAGGAAUCAGGAGCUGCAGAAACGCAAGCAGAUUGAGAUGAGGUGUGCUGUUCCCAUUUGCCAUCUUAGCAGCAUUCUGAAAAUCAGCAUCCUUAGCUAAAAACGCUUUGCUAAUGAAAUGAAAAGCCCCACUGUGCAAGUCAGGGUUCCCACGCGUCCUAGAAAAUGAGAGAAAAUUUAAAAUGUCCUGGAAAAUCUUGUAGUUGACCUGGAAAAUUAUUAUAAAAAAAUGUAAUUGUGUUUUCCUUUAGCCAAGAACGAACGGUUCACCACUGGCCCGAAACUAUUAAUGUUAGAAAACGCUGGAACGACCAUAAAUCAUAACCGGCCUGUUUUUGCUCCAAGCGCACGAUCGGCCACCGGCUCUUUUGUUUUAUUUCAGCCAAUCUCUGCUCCAGACUUGUUCCGAACUGUAAUGCGUCGUCUGCGUCAGAAUGCUCUGAUCGGCCCAGACUUCAGCGUUCUGAACUCAUCCGUGCUCAUUCCGGUAAAUUGUUCACACAUGAUCUCUUAACUGUAAUUUUCCGGUAAAGUCUAUGCGGGAAAGUCUGCUGUUUCUGUUUCGUGCAGAUGUUUUUUUGUGUUGCAGAAUUUCACAAAGAUAAAGUCAGACUAUUCUGGUUUUGCUUCAGAUUCUGAAAUUACAUGUACUUUAAUAUAAUUUAAAUCAGAAACCGCUCAUGUAUGUAGAAU